UCGAUUGUCUGGUGGGUGAAAAUACUUUGUUUCCAAUGAUGGAGGCAGGAAUUAGAGGCGAGGAUGGCUCGAAAUGGUCUCGUACAUUCUGCAGCAACGAAUGGAAUGGACCCCCCGGAGCAACGGAGACUGCGCAGGCAAUGGGUGAUACUCGUCAUGUUAAAGACAAACUCGAUAGACAGAGGCAGCUUUUGGAGCAGAAGCAGAGACAAAAGCGCCAAAUUCCCGGCAUGGUGCAUGCCUCCGAUUCGAGGCCGCCAACAGCUUCGAGGGGGGCUUGGCGAGGCAAAGAAGAGGCCAGGCCCCUGGUGACGGGCCACGCUCCUGGAAACGGACAAGGAGUAGUGCUCUGUUAUGACGGUCCGAUGCAGUACGCAAUGUCUCCUAAUAACCCCGAUGCCAUGCCGUCCAUACAAGUGGUAUCGGAAAACAAAGUUAUACAACCGCAAGACGAGCAGAAGGAAGAUACACGGACGGGGACAACAGUGUUGCAGACGAAAUUGGAAAAGUUAAAUCUUUCCUCCCAAAUCGACUUCGACGCGAGCGAUGAUGAAGAGGAAAUUGAUCUGACGUCUGUCGAUACGCGGCAACCGGCACUCGAAACAGAAAGAUCUUUCGUGGAGAGGGUGGAAUUGCGCCCACCUCGAAUUCUCACCCCGCGACAAGAAAAUGGGGAAGCCCGGAUGAAUAACGGAAGGCCGCCUUUACAGCGGAGAGAUUCUUCGGUGAGUUCCGGGAUGGACACGCCCAAACUCGGCAGCCUGGAGGUCGAAGAGAGUCUGGGAUCUCUGGAGGCCCUCCUGGAGGACUUGGCGAGUUUUGCGACGGAGCCAUGCGAGCAGGGCGUGACUGUGAGGUGCCGCAUCACCCGCGACAAGAAAGGGGUCGACAGGGGAAUCUUCCCUUCGUAUUUCUUACACCUUGAAAGGCAAGAUGGAAGAAAGAUUUUUUUGCUCGCGGCUCGGAAAAGGAAAAAAAGUGCCACUUCCAACUACCUAAUCUCUAUAGAUCCCACCGAUUUAUCAAGAGGAGGAGAGUCCUUUGUAGGAAAACUAAGGUCGAACUUACUCGGAACAGCAUUCACAGUUUACGAUUCUGGCACAAAUCCCAAGAAGCGAAUUAAUGAAGCGAAGGAUUCCAGGUGUGAAGUGGCAUUGAUCGCAUACGAAACUAAUGUGUUGGGUUUCAAAGGACCGAGAAAGAUGUCUGUCGUUUUACCAGCUCUCGAUGGCGAACACAAAAGAAUUGAAAUGAAAUCCAGUUCGAAAGGGGAAGGUCUCCUGGAGAAAUGGAAAAGUCGGAACAUGGAAAAUUUACUUGAGUUACAUAACAAGACGCCAGUCUGGAAUGACGAGACGCAGUCUUACGUAUUGAAUUUCCAUGGUCGUGUUACGCAAGCUUCUGUGAAGAAUUUCCAGAUUGUUCACGAAAAUGAUCCUGACUACAUCGUCAUGCAGUUCGGUCGAGUAUCCGAAGACGUGUUCACCAUGGACUACGGAUAUCCAAUGUGCGCUCUUCAGGCCUUCGGAGUCGCCUUAUCCAGCCUGGACAGCAAGCUCGCCUGCGAAUGAGGGGACUCAAAAAGUUUUUAGCCACCGAAAUCGUGCAGUUCAGUCCCCUGGCAAUCGACCAAGGGAUCGUUAAUCUUCGUUUCGAACAAUUAGAACGCCGCGUGCAGAGGAAGCUGUCCAACAGGAAACAAAUAUGCAACGGAGUGGGAUUCGUUUCAAUGGGCCGUUUUCGCAGCUCAGAUUAAUUAUUAAAAGGCUGUUCGGAUGGUAUUGAGUUUUAGAAACUAAGGGUGAAAUAAAUGGAGCGGAAAGCUAAAUGGUAGUGAGAUUUAAGUAAGUUGUUAACUCACGAGAAACGAAGCUGUUAGGUUUCAAGUCAGAGUUUCCCAAACUUCAGACCUCCGCGAA